AUGGGCAAUGUGCCGCAGGUGUUCCGUGACAUCACGGAAGAUGGAAACGUGUGGGAUCAGGACAAGAUAGUCCUGCCUUCCCAUGCAGAUGUGCUCAGUGAGCAGCAAGUGCUGCCCAGUUUAUUCUUGGCUCCCGAUGCUUCGAGUAUGAAAGCGUCUGUGUCUCGCAGCUCCUUGACUGGAUCUGUGCGGUCGGGAUCCUCAAGAUGUUUGAGCUUUUCCGAUGAUUCGAACGAUGGCUUUUCGGACGUCCCACCGAGAUUUGGAACAUUCCUCGAUGACCUUCCAUCGCAGGUCGUUUUGCAGAGCACCGGCCUGUGUGCGCGAAAACCUUGGGCAGAGGACCUUUCUCCAUGCCGCAGCUCGAAGCCGCGCUGGCUUCCUCUUGGGCCAGAGACCCGCUUGUUGCUGUCCGAGGCUCGGCUCAGGCUCCUCCGUCCACAGCUUCCCAUCACUUGCCGAAUGGCAAGAGCCUGGAGGCUGUUGUACGACCCUCGAGUGCAUGGUGUCUCCAUCGGCACCUUCUUUCGUCAAUGUCAGGCUUGGCCGGGGGAGACGCUGAUCUUUGUUGAGGACGCGGAGGGCUCCGUCUUUGGAGCACUAGCUUCGCAGACUUGGCAUGUUUCCAACCGACGACAUUUUGGACAGCCCAGCUGCUUCGUCUUCCGGUUUGAUCGGACGGAGGCAGGUGAGGACAUCGACCUCUACCCUUGGGCAGGCGUCAACCAGUACUUUCUCUUCGCUGAUAGUGGUGGCUUGAAAGUUGGCGGGGGCAGAUCUGCCGCAAUCUGGAUCGAUGCGGACUUCCUGAAGGGAGCCUCGGGAGCCUGUGACACCUUCGGCACGGCGGCUCCGCUCAGCAGCUCGGAGGAGUUCGUCGUGCGCCGUUUCGAAUGCUGGGGCUUUGACACAGCGGAGCAAGUUUCCAACGAGGCGAACCUUCCGAGUCAGGAGUCUCGCCUGCUCCUACGUGAGCAGGCUUGGGAGCAGGCCUGA